ACCUCUGCAGGCAAUCCCUCUCUUGCAGUCGAGAUAUUUGUGCUCGGGGAACAAUUUUCAAACGCAGCAUCCAACAAUGGAAAAGGGAUACAGAACGAGCAGAUCCAGUGCCUACCGCAAGAUGUUUGUGGAAAAACCGAUUAAAGUUUCAAGCAGCAGACGCAGCUAUACGGUUCGCGGGAAUCCGCAGAGCUUGAUCACCUCUGUCCCGUCCAGAAUGAGUUACUCGAUGCCGAUCAGGGCGCAAACUACGAGGUUUACGAGGAGCAGCGUUCCCGUAGUGGCUUCCAGCAGCAACCUCAACUUUGCCUUGGUGGAUGCAAUGAACACGGAGUAAGGUGAACGCAGCAAUGAAAAGGCUGAGAUGAUUGAGCUGAACGACCGCCUCGCCGGCUUCCUCGACAAGGUUCGAGCACUGGAGCAACAGAACAAAGUGCUGCUGGCUGAACUGGAGCAACUGAAGGGCAAACGCCCGUCCAGAAUCGGGGACCUGUAUGAACAGGAGCUGAGUGAGCUGCGUCUGCAGGUUGACCAGAUCAGCAAUGAGAAGUCCAGGAUUGAGGUGGAACGGGAUAACCUGGCCGAUGAUCUUCAGAAGCUGAGAGAGAAGUUGCAAGAUGAAGUUAUUCAACGGGAGGAUGCGGAAAACAACCUGGCAGCUUUCAGACAGGAUGUGGACGAUGCCUGCUUGGCACGCUUAGAUUUAGAGCGUAAAGUCGAGACACUACAAGAGGAAAUUAUGUUCUUGAAGAAACUUCAUGAAGAGGAAAUUCAAGAACUGCAAGCUCAAAUCCGAGAUUCGCAGGUCAAGGUUGAGAUGGAUGUGGUCAGACCCGACCUGACUUCAGCACUCCAGGAAGUUCGUUCUCAGUUUGAUAAACUUGCUGCUAAGAACAUUUAUGAGACCGAGGAAUGGUACAAGUCCAAGCUGGCCGAUGUAAAUGAUGCUGCCUCUCGUAACAAUGAUGCUCUUCGCUUGGCAAAACAAGAAAAUAAUGAUUACCGCAGACAAAUCCAGACACUGACCUGCGAAAUUGAUGCACUGAAGGGAACGAAUGAAUCGCUCGACCGCCAGAUGCGGGAAAUGGAAGAACGGUAUAACGUGGAGCUCAAUAAUGCCCAGGACACCAUUUCCCAGCUUGAAGAUGAUAUCAGUAAUUUGAAGGACGAGAUGGCUCGUCAUUUGCAAGAAUACCAGGAGUUAUUGACGGUUAAGCUGGCUCUUGAUGUUGAGAUUGCAACAUACAGGAACUUACUGGAAGGUGAAGAAAACAGGAUUAGUAUGCCUGUGCCCUCAUUUGGAUCUCUGAGCCUUGCUGAUGCCAUGUACGAGCAGCAGCCAUUUGAAAGUCGAACAUCAAAGAAGAAAAUUGUGAUUAAAACUGUUGAGACCAGUGGUGGUGAUGUGAUCAGUGAAACUACCCAGAAAAUUGAAGACUGAACAUGGUCAGCAGCCUAAAAAUGCUCAUCAUGUGCAAUGAAGCUGAAGCUGUUUCAAAAUAAAAGUGCUAGACAAGAAUGCCGCUCAUCCUCUUAUUCAAGAAGAAUACUGUUGGCUUUAAAGUGCCUUUCUGCAUCUAAUUGAAGAGUGCCAGAUUCAAUAAAGUUUUAUUAUAAGCUUUAUAGAGAAAUUAAAAUACAGUAAAUGGCUUUACUGAAGUUAUAUUACACUCUGUUUAUGGAGAGGGUCACUAGUUUACAAUUGCACAGUGAUGACUAGCAAUACUUCACCAGUUUUGAAUCUUUAUUUACACUCAGAAUCACAACUGCUUUUUAUCUUUCCCCAGUAAUUACCUGUAAGCGAGCUCGAAUAAAACAUUGACCAAAUCUA